AUGGUUGCACAAGCUGGUUAUGGGGCUGGCCCUAAUCCUGCUGGCCAUCUGCUCGACCGACUUGCCAUUGCUUUCGUCAUUGCCAGCGGCAUCUUCGUCGGCGCGCGCAUUGCCAUCCGCGCGAAGCGUCAACUACUCGGCUUCGACGACCUAUGGAUUCUGAUCGCGCUGAUCUCAUCCAUCGUGCUGACCGUGACUGUUGUCAUUAGUGUCGGCUAUGGUUACGGCAUGCACAGCAAUACUCUGCCACACCAUCAACUCACCUCCGCUCUUUUCUGGUGGUACCUUGCGCAAGCUUUCUACAAAGCAGUGACCUGGCCGACGAAAAUAUCGAUUCUACUCAUGUACAAACGGGUCUUCGGUACGAGUGAAUCCAGAGCGUAUGGCGUUCGCUUCCAAAUACUCAUAUGGUCGACUAUCACACUUGUCGCAGCCUGCUUCACCGCGCUAGAGACGGCUGGAAUUUUCGCUUGUCGGCCUAUACAACGUAGCUGGGACCAUAGUCUGCCAGGGACUUGUCUGGAUACGCAGGCAAGAUUCUACGCCUACACUGGCUUGAAUUUCUUCACAGAUAUCAUCAUCUUGGCGCUUCCAUUGCCGUUGAUCAAAAACCUCAACAUCCCAAAUCGACAGAAAUGGAGCUUAAUCUCGGUUUUUCUGCUAGGAAGCUUUGUAUGCGUGACCACACUAGUAAGGGUUGGCAAGCUCAAAAUUGGCGCCGACACUACCUGGUCUGGAACCGAAAGCGUCAUGUGGUCAUGCAUCGAAGCCAACACCGGAAUCAUCUGCGCGUGUCUACCCUUGUUGCGGCCACUCCUAUCCUUUAUGGUACCUUGGUUCUCUCAGAGGACGAGAAACAAGAACACCUACGACUAUGGGUAUCAAGAGAGAACCGGACCCUUCGCUAGCCAGCAACGACGACCUAGUGGCCAUAUUGAGCUUCAGGGCAAGGGACCCUCGAUGUACAUGUCCAACAUCACGGCGAAGGAACAAGACUCGGAAUCACGGAGUAGCAGCCAGAUCGGCAUCACUCAAGGCAUACACAAGAAAGUGGAAGUCGAGACGUACAGCGAGCCUGCAGGGUUAAACAUCGAUAGGGACUGGACAAGGCGUAGCCGCAGCUCACUUGAUCGUCAGGUAGGUGUGGCGGCAUGA